GCCGGUCUGUGAGCUGGAGAGACACUCAGGCAACACAGACAGGAGAAGUCUUCAAAACCAAACUUUGUUGCAACUUCUUGUAUUUUUCCAACUUGUGGAUGCAGGACCUAAGUUUCUUAUUUCCUCCAAGAAUCGAGUUAAUUCCACAGAAAGCUGCAAUGCUUCCAUUCUACCUCCUGACUUUUGUUGCCACCAUCCAAGCCCACAACCAGCAGCUGCCAGGCUCCUGCAAAUUUGAAUCCAGUACCUGCGAAUACACGUCAGAUGCUGACUUUACAAGCUGGACUCUGCACACAGAUGGCCAUUUUGUCGCAGUGGACACAGUCAUGAACGACGACCAGGACGAAGAGGUAGGUGCAGAUGACAGGCCGCAGAGAGAGACCACAGGGGUCCUCUUGAGUCCGGUUCUGGAACACAGCGAGUGGAGCUGCCUGAGGCUCGUCUACCAGAUCACAGGAUCAGGAAGCCUGGAGGUCCUGCAGCGAAUGGAGGGAAGAAGCUUUGACAAGCCACUGUGGAGCAGCCAGGCACCCUCUGACAGCUGGGUCAUCUCAAGCAUGGACCUGCAGAACAACACUGAGCCUUACAGGAUUGUCAUUGAAGGUAAACCUGAACAGAGCGCUGGGAGCAGCGUGGCCAUCUUUGAGAUCCACAUCAGCCCCGGAUACUGCCUGGAGUGUGAUUUUGAAGAGUCUCACCUGUGUGGAUACAACAACCAGUGGAACGCCAACGUAAAUUGGUAUGUUGGAGGUGGUGGGGUCCAGCUCCCUCACAACAGCAUGCCGAAUGACCACACAUACAACAACAGGACAGGUCACUACAUGUACGUGGACUCCGUCUACGCGAAGACCUUCAAAGAAGUGGCCAAGCUGGUGUCUCCUAUGACGACAGUGCCGCUAUCUGGCUGCCUGAGUUUUCAGUACCAGCGAAGCGAAGAGAGAGGGAACCUCUUCUCUGUUUUCACCCGGGACCGGCUGGGCCAGUACCAGGAGCUGUGGAGGGCGGGUUCAGAAAACCAGAGUAACUGGAGCAAGACACUUGGAGAGUGGAUACCUGUGCAGGUGGACCUGAAGGCUCCAUACUCUGUACAGGUGGUCUUUGAAGUGGCGUUUAACAGUCCAAGGGGCGGACGAGUUGCACUUGAUGACAUUUCCUUUUCUCCUGAGUUUUGCAGCACAGACACUGAGCCGACCUUCGACCCCUCCAUCGCCAACUGUGAUUUUGAGUCAGGUUACUGCCACUACACCCAGGACCAGGUGACGGGCUCGUUGUGGAGGAGAGUGUCUGUGAAGCCCAACAUAUUUAGGAAUGGAGACCACACCACAGGGGCAGGGUCUUUCCUGUUGGCUCACUCCCGGCUGAGCCCACGCUCCGGCUACGUUAGUCGUCUGAUCGGUCCAACUCUGCCGGGGAACAUGAAGUUCUGCCUGAGAUUUUACUUCUCUCUGAGGGGUUUCAACCAGACGGACCAGGCUCUGGCUGUGUAUCUGCAGCAGCAGCAGCAGAGCAGCAGCCAGGAGAAGAUCUGGACUCAGGCAGAGAAAUCCAGAGGAAUCUGGGUCGCAACGGACGUCACCUUCCAAACAUCUCAGCCUGCCAAGGUGGUUUUCGUCAGCACCUGCAGGAGCUUCUGGGAUUGCGGCUCUGUGGCUCUGGACGACAUCAGUGUGAGCCUCGGAGACUGUGAGCUGACGGCAGGUUUGUUGUCGUCACCUCUGCCAGGACACUGUGGCUUUGAAGCAGGCCUGUGUGGUUACACUCAGGACAAGCACACUGAUGCUGCUGACUGGGAGUGGAGGAGAGGACCCACCCCGACCUCGUACACAGGGCCCAGAGGGGACCACACCACGGGACUCGGCUACUACCUGCACAUGGAGGCGUCGCCCAUGCUGCCCGGUCAGAGUGUCCGGCUGCUCUCCCGUCCUCUGAGGGGCUCCAGGGGGCCUCAGUGUCUGCGUUUCUUCUACCACAUGUACGGCUCCGGCACGGGCCAGCUCAGCGUUUAUCUCGACCAGGACGGAGAGGACGUGUUGCUGUGGCAACGGAGCGGCGAGCAGAGCAUUGCCUGGCUGAGGGCCAGAGUAGAGUAUCAGUGUGGCCGCCAGCACCAGAUUGUGUUUGAAGCAACCAGGGGUUCAUCAGUAAGGAGCGACAUCGCCAUCGAUGACAUCGUCUUGGACAGUGGACCUUGCCCAGAGAUGGAGAUCCGGGCCACCGUGGGAACCUCCAACGAGAUCGAGUAGAAGAGGAAAACAGCGGUGUAGGAUGCAUGAACCUUGGUUUUUUUGUUUUGUUUGUUCUCUUUUGCACAUUACAGACAACUCACAGUGUUGUCGACUCCUGACUCCUACAUGUCAAUCUGAACUAGUAUGAAUGAAUGUGGGUUAAAGAAAAAAAAAAGAAACUUUUCAUGUAGUUUUGUCUUCAUGGAGCAACACAUAUCAGUUGAGUCAUAGUCAGCAUUUCUCUCUGCACUGUAGCAACAGAGAACCGUUGCUGAACUGUUUAACUGUGUUUGUCUUCACAUUUAUAUGCAUUAGAUUAAUGCUCAUUGCUCAAAUAAAGUGAGACAGUUAU